AUGAUGCCAAUAAGGAAGAGGAAGACGAGCAUGGGCCGACAAAAGAUCGAGAUUAAGCGGAUCGAGAGCGAGGAGGCACGUCAAGUGUGCUUCUCCAAGCGCCGCGCCGGACUCUUCAAGAGGGCCAACGAGCUCUCCUCUGCGGGGCUCACCUUGCCGUCAUCGUCUUCUCCCCCGCCGGCAAACCCUUCUCCUUUGGCCACCCCUAGGUCGACUCUGUUCUUGACCGCUUCCUACCCUCGUCGGCCCACCCUACUCCUCCUCCUCCUCGUCCUCCUCCUCUCUCGUUCCAUGACCCCCGUGUCGCAGAUCAGGAGACUAAUGUUGGCCGGCGAUGUUGGCAGUGUCGGCCGUGGAGCAUAUCUUGGUGGAGGAUUCAUUGCUGCGGCGGCGCCGCCGCCGCAGGGUGGCAAUAAUAUUGAAAUGCAGGCGAUUCCUGCGCCGGGUCAGGCUCCGGCUGGAUUUGGUUAUGGCUACGGAUUAAUUAUUUAA